AUGCCUGCCAUGCAAUUUUUACAUACAAUCCUGAGAAGACCCCUCCUGGUCGCAUCACAAGCCAAGAAUCCGCUGUCUUCGCAUAUCCACAGGCCCUUCUCGACAACAGUAUACCGCGCCAUGUUCACGACAGAAUUAUCCGAAGUUGAGGUCUCAUCCCUGAGAGCCAAUAAGGAGAGACUUGCAAAUGACCUCCAUGAGUCCUGUCAAUGGGGAUUUGGAAUUCGCUGGGGAGAUGGAUCAACCGAUACUGGAAUGCAGCGUCUCGCCAUAUCUGAAGAGGACAAGAGUGUCCGGGACUGGUUCAUUAAAACUAUGAAAGGCCUCAAGUGCGAAAUCACUAUCGAUGAAAUGGGCAACAUAUUCGCAGUCCGUCCUGGUCGAAGGACAGACGUCCCAGCUACAUUUAUUGGCAGUCAUCUUGACACACAGCCCACGGGAGGACGCUAUGAUGGAAUUCUGGGAGUCUUGUCGGGUGUGGAAGCUAUUAAGAGGAUGGAUGAACUGGGUUUGGAGACCGAAGGAGGUGUGGGUGUUGUUAACUGGACCAAUGAAGAAGGAGCCCGCUUCCCUAUCAGCAUGAUCGCGUCCGGCGUCUGGGCAGAGUGCAUUCCACUAUCACAAGCCCACGAGCUCAAAGAAGUCCCCACAGUGGCUUCAUUGCCUACGGCUAGUUCGGCCCCAGAAACGAUGAAGAGUGCUCUACAGAAGAUCGGCUACCUCGGCAGCGUGCCCUGCUCAUAUAAGACCACUCCAAUGGCAGCUCACUUUGAAUUGCACAUUGAACAAGGACCCCAUCUGGUCUCCGCGGAUCAGCGGGUCGGGGUGGUCACGGCAGUGCAGGCCUAUCGCUGGUACCGAUUGAAUGUAAUCGGGCGAGACACACAUACAGGAACGACGGCUUUUGAGCAUCGCGCAGACGCAUUGUAUGCAUUUGCUCAGAUGAUGGUGCGCGCCCGAGAGGUCGCUGCUUCCAAGGGCUGCCUAGCUAGUGUUGGAAUCGUUGAGGCGAAGCCUGGAAGCGUCAACACCGUCCCCGGCACUGUGAGCUUUAGUUUGGAUAUUCGUGGGCCUGAAUCGGCUUUGGUGGUCGAGGUGGAGAAUCAGCUUCGUAGUGAUUUUGACGCCAUUGCUGCCGCGGAAGGCGCUGGCAUUGGCAAGCCUUGCCGAGUGGAAUGGACGCUUGAUUUCGAUUCGCCGGCUGUCAAAUUUCACGAAGACUGCAUUGAUUGCAUCCAGGAGUCUGCAUAUGCUGUCGUAGCGGAUGCACCUGUGACAGACACGAAGUCUUUGGUGAGAACUAUCAUGAGCGGUGCUGGUCAUGACAGUGUCUUCACCUCAAAGCGGGUGCCGACUAGUAUGAUCUUCGUUCCAUGUAAGGAUGGUCUUAGCCAUCACCCGGAGGAGUUCUGUUCUGCAGAUGACUGCGCCACAGGAGCGUCUGUCAUCCUGCAAGCGGUGGUGCGAUAUGAUCGUAAGAGAUUCACCAAAGGCUAG